UCGACACCACUGAUCUCGAUUCUAAUCGUAGUACGUAAUAGUAAAUCCAAAAAUGCAUCCUGCCUCGCCGCAUCAGCACCGCGCGCGCCUUCAUAUCGGUUCCCCCGGCGGAUCCGGUUCGGGGUCGGGCAACGUGCAAGCCUCCUCCUCGACGGAGACCUUUCCGUUGACUCCGCAGAUCCACCAGUCGGGUCAGCAGCAUACAGUUCAUAUUCCGCCCUCCACAUCGCUGCCGUACCAAGGACUCAAGACGUCCGAGAACGAUGACAUGGGCUGUGUGGAGAUACUGGCCACCGUGGUCUCCGUGCUCAUCAUGGUCCUGACCUUUCCCAUCUCCGUCUUCAUCUGCUUCAAGGUGGUCUCCGAAUACGAGCGGGCGGUGAUCUUCCGGAUGGGACGACUGCGCAGCGGAGGAGCUCGCGGUCCUGGCGUAUUCUUUGUGCUGCCCUGCGUGGAUGACUACUAUCCGGUGGAUCUGCGUACCGUCUCCUUCGAUGUGCCGCCGCAAGAGGUUCUCUCGAAGGACUCGGUAACGGUGACCGUGGAUGCGGUGGUCUAUUAUCGCAUCAGUGAUCCCCUCAAGGCCGUCAUCCAGGUGUACAAUUAUAGUCAUUCGACCAGUCUCCUGGCAGCCACUACGCUGAGGAACGUUCUGGGAACCAGGAAUCUCUCUGAGCUGCUGACGGAACGGGAAACGAUAUCGCACACCAUGCAGAUGUCCUUGGACGAGGCCACCGAUCCCUGGGGCGUUAAAGUGGAACGUGUGGAAAUCAAGGACGUGUCCCUGCCCACGGCUCUGCAAAGGGCUAUGGCUGCAGAGGCGGAGGCCGCCAGAGAGGCCAGAGCCAAGGUUAUAGCCGCCGAGGGUGAAAUGAAAUCCUCACGAGCUUUGAGAGAAGCCUCCGAAAUUAUAUCAGCCAGCCCGUCCGCCUUGCAGCUCCGUUACCUGCAAACCCUGAGCAGCAUUUCCACUGAGAAAAACUCAACCAUUAUCUUCCCACUGCCUAUGGAGCUGUUGACACCCUUCCUGAAUUCUCAGGCUCAUGUACAACAAUUGCAGUUGCAACAUCAACAGCAGCAACAUCAACAACAACAACAGCAACAGCAACAACAGCAGCAACAGCAACAUGCAACAGGUCCUGGAACGCCAAUACAUCGGCAUCAACAUCAUCAGGCACAUCACCAGUGACGCUCGAUGUCGGUGCUGCAGCCGUAUCUGGAGGCACUGCAUCGCUGCGAGCUCCAGAGGCAGCAGCGGAAUGUGGCGGAUCCGGAUGACGAUAUCGUUGGGUAUUUGUUGUAAAUUGUAAUGCGAUGGCCGCAGCAGCGACAAAGCUCUCUGGGGGAAAACCCUAAAGAAAAUUAAUCAUUUGCGGGGUUAACAUUUUUUACCAGACUUUUCACUGAAAAAAAAACGAAAAUUCUUUAGGAAAAUAAAUAACAAAUUACACUUUUUUUUGUGCUCUGUAUAUACUA